AAAUAAUUGUUUGAUAAACCCUUUGGAUUCCACCCUUGGCGCCCUUGAGCUCUCAUUAUUCUUCUUCUUCCUAUUCAUCACCAAAAGAUAUACUCCCACACAGACGCCGAUACAUACAUCUCCGCACGCACUUCGAGGUUUAAUUUUGUGGUGGUGUAAAUUAGGGUUUUGAAUCUGUGUGAUAGGAUUGGUAAUUAGGUAUGAGAAGUCAAGCGCGGUGGGAUCACCGGACUCCUGACCCGGUGGACCCACCUGAUGACUGGGUUAAUGGUUCCUGGACUGUGGAUUGUGUGUGUGGUGUUAAUUAUGAUGAUGGUGAGGAGAUGGUUAAUUGCGAUGAGUGUGGGGUGUGGGUGCAUACGCGGUGUUAUAGGUAUGUGAAAAGUGAGAAAGCAUUUGCGUGUUAUAAGUGUAAGGGGGUUAAGAGUAGGAGGGAUUGGGAGAGUGAUAGGAUGGAGGAGGAGAGGACGGAGAGUGAGGUUGCACAGUUGUUGGUUGAGUUGCCGAAUAAGACGGUGAGGAGGGGUUUGGGGAGUGCGACUGGGAAUAGUGGGUUUCAGAAGCGGCUUUGGACGCAGAUUCCCAAGGAGGAGAGGGUACAUGUUCAGGGUGUUCCCGGCGGGGAGGAUGGGGUUUUUUCUGGGAGUGGGUUGUCUUCGGUUUUCGGGGCUGGGUUGUGGAAGAGUACUGGGUAUGUUCCCAAGAAAUUUAGUUUUCAGUAUAAGGAGUUUGACUGUUGGAAGGAGGGGGAUGAAAAUGUUGUGAAUAAUGGGGAUGCUGGUGCUCAAGGGGUGGCUUCGUUGAAGGAUAUAGCGGGGUCAGUUGCUGAUCAUGAGAGUUUGGGUGUGGGGAUGAGAACAAGAGGAGAAGAAAGUAAGAAAAAAAAAAGGGAGGGUGAGGAUUACAAUGGUAGGAGCACACAAAAGAGUGGGAUGAAAAAGCAGACGGAUAGGAAUUCCACCAUGAUACACUAUGGGAAGCGUAAAAAAGAGGUUUCAAUAGCUUCUAAAGAUGGAACCGGGAAAAAGAAGGCCAAAGUUGUUCAUGUUGAAGGGGAUGCUUCUAAGAAGAGAAGUCCUCGUGUUUCCAGAUCAGCCUCUACACCAUUGGGGGAUGCAAAACAGUCUGCAUUUCAUGAAAGCAGAAGUUUAAGAGUUGAUGAGAGUGUUGUUGAAAGGGGGAAACAUGAUGAAAUUAAAGGAAAUGUUGCUGCUGAACCUUCACUGAAAGGCUUUUCCACAGAGAGUGUUGAAGUUGCCGAAUUGAAGCAAACUCCGAAGACCUCUCCUGUUGUGUCAUCACAUAGAUUAUCACUUAAAGCAAGACCAACUGAUAAAUGUGGAAUUGCUGGAACUUUUCAGAAUACCUCUAUAAUUAGUGAUGGUAAACAAUCAUUGCCAGAUAAUAAUAACUCUGAGCGUCUUCUUGCAAAAACCGAGGAUGUUGGCCUUGAUAAUGUAAAUGACAAAGGAGGAGAAUGCGCCCAUAGAAGUGAUCGGUAUAGCCAGGAAGUCCGUGCCGACUACCUGGAAACUAUUGCACCUCGAGCUAAAGAUUCUCAAAAUGAUCAUGAUUCCACUAGUAAAUUGUCAUCUGGCCGUCCCAAACAGGAAAAGACACAAAUUGAUAUAAAUGAUUCUGCAGGAGUCUCUCAAGUUCAGGUGUCACUUCCUUGUAAGGAAAAAUUGGAUGAUGGAGGGCCUGCUCCUAAUACUCAAAACCAUGAUAUUCGCUCAAAUGUUCUGAAGAAGGCUGCAUGUGUGAAUGAUGUUCUCUUUAUGGAGCAAAAAAGCGACAACGUUUACUCAAAUACUCCUGCUGAUUGUCAAAUUGAUAAAGCAGGAGCACCUUCCUUACCUAUUCAUGUUCCAAUUAAUGGGCAAAUGGUUGAUGAUUUAGGCAAUCAUGUAGCCGGGGGGAGUUCCUUAGAACUUAAACAAGUCAGACAUAGUAAAGAACCAUCAAAAGCAUGUGAAACAACUAUGAUUUCUUCAGAACAUCUUGAUAAGCAUAAAGUCAUAGUUUCUUUUGGGAAAUCCUCUUUAACUACUGCAACCACAUCGAUUCCCAAAACCCCAGCUUCUGAUAGUCAUAGAAUAGUGGAUGCUCAGAAUGAUAACCGCAGUACUCAGCAAAAUGUUGUGUCCGAACACAAAAAUAGUAAGAAAGAAGGUUCUGAUGCAGGUUUCCUCAAGGACAGGGAGAGGUAUGAGAAGCCAAGAAAAAUUUCAAAAGACGUUUCAAAAUCCUUCACCUCUUCUGUCAAAACAUCUAACCUGGGCAAGAUUUCAGGUUCUUCUAAUUCUAAGAUAUUAUCUGCAUCAAAGGAAUCUGGCAGCUUCUCAUCUGCCAAACCAUCAUUGCUUCAAACUGUAUUAAGUAAUUCCAUGUCUGGUGAAUCUGAUACUUCCUUGCAACCUGAAAUUGCUUCAUAUGCGGAGAAUGUGACUACUACUUCCGAGUUGACGCAGAGAAGUGAAACAGCUAAUCAUUUAAAUUGCCAGCCAUCAUUGAAGGUCAACCACACAUUGCAAAUGCAUCACUCUGCAGCUCUGAACACUUCUACAGCAAUUAGUGACGAAGAGCUUGCAUUAUUAUUGCAUCAUGAACUUAACAGUUCUCCAAGAGUCCCGCGGGUGCCACGAAUGCGGAAUGCUGGCAGUUUACCUCAGCUUGGUUCUCCAACUGGUUCGAACUCGCUAAUGAAGCGGUCAUCAUCUAGUUGUAUGGGGAAGGAUCAAGGUUUGGUUUUUAAAAGAAAAGGAAAGAGUAUAGCCGCAGAGGGAUCUCAGAAUUCUGAAGAGGAUGAAUCUAGAAAUGUCAAGAGAUCACCUUUGGUGCCAGUUCAGAGGACCAGUGACCCGACUCGCACUUCAGAUUCUGUUUCCAAAACCGAAGUUGACUAUGGGUCUGCAGCAGGCAAUGCUUCAUUAGCAUCUGCUGAGACUGGCAAACAAGAUGUGUCUUCCAUAUACAAGUCACCUCAAAAUGCCUCUGAUGAAGAAACUGGCACUGAUAUCCGUCCAGCCCAGCGCACGUUACCAGGAUUGCUGUCGAUGAUUAUGACGAAGCGCAUGACUUAUGAAGAACUGUGCAACGCUGUUUUACCGCAUUGGCCUCAUCUGAGGAAGCAUAACGGUGAACGUUAUGCCUAUUCAAGUCACUCGCAGGCUGUACUUGAUUGUCUGAGGAACAGAAGCGAGUGGGCUCGCCUUGUGGAUCGCGGUCCUAAGACAAAUGCUGGAAGGAAGCGACGAAGGUCUGAUGCUGAGGCUCAAAGUCUUGAAUCAGGGGAUAACGAAAGUAAGAAAAAGGAUGCGAAAGGUGUAGAUAGUAAAAAUGUAGUAGAAUCAAGUCAAGACCAAUUUCCCAAAGGUAAGAGGAAAACAAGGAAGCGUCGCAGACGUCUAGCACUGCAAGGAAGAGGUCUCAAGAAUAUGGCCUUUAGAAGGGGAAGGAGACAAAAGGAAGGUAGUGAUGUUAGUUAUGAUGAGGACUUUUCACUUUCUAGUUCUAGCAGUGCGGAAGAGAGUAUGUCCACCGAGGAUGAGACAAUACAUGGGGGUGGGGGCACAAGUUCAGCCACGGGCAGGUCGGAAGCCUCUGCUUCUGAGUAGCAAGUAGCAGGCUAGUAUUAUGUUGUACUUUAUCUGUCUUGUGUACAUUAACAAUUGCAGAUAGUUAGGAAGUCAUUCUGGUGACCGUUGCUUAUCUUCUUGCCUGAAGGCCCCAAUGUGAAAAUAGCUUUACAGUUGCCUAUCAUCUUUAAGACCUCCUUAACAUGUAUUUUCGUUUAAUUAAUCAUUUACAUUAUCUUAGGGAGCUUGACGGGUGUCCACUGUCCUGUGUUGUAACUGUAUCACAUGACAACUGUUAUAUUUUAUUGUGAUUGUUAUUCAGGACAA